AUGUGCACUUUGGAGAAAACUGAUCCGUCAGCAACAUCUGGGCAUUCCGUCGCUAUCGUAAAUUCGAUUUCUCGGGCUACAUUAAUGGAUCGACAAAAUAAUUUACAUUCUGUAAAGGAUGAUCCAUCUAGUCACCACUGUUUGACACACUUUAAAAACAGAAAGUCAUAUAAAAACAGACCUUCAAGUUCUAUGUACAGAUUGAAAAUCCUCAAACGUUGUGGUCGGCACUUAAAACGAUUAAUUGGACAUAAAAUUGAUGUUGACGAAACUGUUUUGAAAAUGAUGAUGAGAAUGACGAUGAUAAUUGUUCGGUUUCAACAAAUUCUUGUCCAACUAUCACCAGACUAA